CUCGUUGACUGCCGUUCAACCAACCCCCCCGUACACACAUGGCACGCCCAGCACGCGAUACUGCACGUCACAGACCCAAAUGCAAAGAAGAUCCAGGUUCAGGAGGUCUCUUCUCGAGCGUGUUUAGCUUCGUGUCCAGAGAAAUCGAGUCCUUCGUCGUAAAUGCCACGGGUGGUCAGGUGAACAUCGCAUCUAGCUCAACGACCAAAUCGGAAAAGCCUUCGAGCAGGAGGAGAAAACAUGAACGGCGCGCGCGAGAAAUACAUCUGAGCGAGGACGAGGCACACCAGAACUCGAGACACCACCGGGAACGCAGGAGAUCCAGUAAAACCAACACUGUCCAGCCCAAGUCCCGUUCCAAAUCAGCUGAUGCUGCGAGAAAGCACCAUCGUAAACAUACAUCGACGGCAUACGUCGCGGAUGCCGACGCAGAGCUGUCCGCGAGCGACUCUCCUCAGUCCCAGCCCCCACCUCCGCAUCAUGGGCAACCGAAACCAUCCUCUGUUCAAUCCCUAUCCGCGUCUCUGCCUACGUUGAGGAAGAAACCGUCCAUUACCAUGCCGGGCUCACUCUUCCCUCGUUCUUCAUCUCUGGAACCAGAAGAAUCUACGCCCCAACCGGGCGGUACAAGCAGCAUGACUAACCCAGUGGACGGCGGAAAAACACUAGUAACAGCAGCAUCGUUGGAUGCCCAUGUUUCCCCUUGGCUCACUCGCCCCGUUGCCUCUGUUCAGGAUGCCAUGCAGCGUUUCAAUGUCACCUCCGGCGACGAGGCCGACUUCUCCCUUCGAAUACCCAGCCCCCAACCUUCACCCGCCAACCCCCACGCGGUCCCACUUCCUGGCACUGAAGCACUUCCUCCGCCUCCUUCAGAUUCACCAAGACCACAGGUUUCCUCCAAAGGCAAAGAACGCAUGCAGGACGAUGAUUUGAUGUUCAUAGUAGGGGGACCUUCAGAUAGUGUGCAGGUAGAAGCGAAGGAGCGCGAGCUAGCCUCUGCGAAGGAAGAACAGCGUCAACGCGAGAACCCGCCUUGUAAAGCCGGUGGUAGUGGUACCUCUGAUGAACACGAACGGGACAAGCAACGCAUCAAAAUGCUUGAAGAGGAAGUAAAGCGACUUCGAGAAGAGCUCUCUAGGAGUCAAGGACGAUCAUCUGCCACUGGCCUGCCUCCGCCACCACCACCGCCCCCACCACCACCUCUCCCGGCUCUUCUUCCCAUCCGCAUAGAUACCAGAUCGUCGAAUCCUGAUGCUAUGUUCGCCAACGCGCGUGCCGCACUCCGUCACACCGCUCAUCCAGUCGAGGCGCCAAUCAACCACAGUGUGCUAGGUCGUUCUGGAUCGAAAAGACGGGGGCAGCCCACGGUGAACGUGCCCUCUGAACAGAUGGCUGCGUUCCUCAACGAACUAAAGACGGCUCGUCUGAGGAAGGUAAGUACUGCACCUGCAAGUACCACUGGCGUCGCAACUAUCUCGACCCGCCAAGCACCGGAAUUUUCCACUCUCAGCAAGAGUACCAGUGCGCUCAGUUGGGCAUCAGGUCCAAUACGACCAGCAACUCAGGAGCUCACUCGCCGGCGGUCACUUGCUAAUGUUCGAGAUGCCGUUCCCAGCUUGUUGGCGAAAGAACUACUUCUCAAAGCGGGACAGAAACGUAAAGCUGAUGCAAGGGAAUGUGAUGAACUCGGCUCGUCUCGUGCGACCAAGCGUCGAUUGGUGCAAUCCUCUGAUGACACUGCACCUUCAGGAGGCAGGGCUCAACUCUCCGCAUCGACAUCCAAAUUACAUCAACCAGAUUUCGAGAAGCAGUCCUGGUCAUCAUUGUCCAUGAAUGAAAUAGACCUCACCACCCCAUCGCUCUGCUCAGACAACGAGCGCGAUGGAGAUGGGAGUUUGGAGGAUCAAACACCCUCAACGCCUCCUGGACCCCAACCCGCCGCCACUGACCGGAGAUCCGACUUACGCGAACCAGAAAUCAUCGAUGUUGACUUGGAACUCGAAGACGUCAACCACGACUCCAGGUCGCGAGCGAUUAGCCCCAGCCCUCGUUCCCCCCGGUUGCCCAAAGGUGAUAUAUUCGAAAAAAGGCCACCAAUGUCACCAAUUCCCGAUUCGACGCCACGCAAACCAGCGGCGCCUGCGCGCGCGCGCCGAGUUUCAACUCCUAAACCGAAAUAUGUUCCUCCUGCUUCAGACUCCGACAGUGAUACCAACAGCCGAAGCAUAGAUUCUGUCCCUUUUAUCUCCCUCAUCCCCUCGUCUCGGGAGGAAUCCCGGAAAAGAUCAUCUUUGCACGGCAGUCAAUCCUUCAAACCUAGAUCCAAGGAUGACCGUCGGCCUCCAACCCUUGACGAGGAACUGAGGACCGCUCAACCCGAGGCUGUCAGUGCGGAAGGGGGUGAGUUGUUCGAGGAUGAUGUAUUCGUUGCCACGGGCACAAAGAGCAACAGGAAAGGAUUUCUCGCGCAUGGCGGUGGCGGGGGGCCACCCGUAUUCAUGGGUGUAGGGUAUGUGCAAGACGCAGAAGAAAGUGACACAGAGGUACGAAGAAGGCAGCCCCGCAAAGCGCCCAAAUCUACUAGCCAACGAUCGCUGAUCCCUCGAUUGGGGGGCAGAUCGUGAGCCAAGUUUCCAUCUCCUCUAUCUUUAUCUGUAUUUCAUUUCAUGUAAUACCGGAGGGUUCGAGGGUUUUGUCUUACACCGAUUGUAAUAUGUAAGUGAUAGACAACGUCAGAACAACUUUUCAUAGGAGGGAACGA